AUGUUUCUCGAAGACGAAGCAUCUUUAGGCACAAAUAGUUUUAGUGGCGGCACACUUGUACCUACUUCCAAAGAGGGCUUUCCACCCUCUUCAAUCCCGACUUCUGUAUCUUCACCUGUAAUCGAUCUGCUGCAGUCGCCGUCCGCUUUACCAGCUGAUCAAUCUGCUGAUCGAGCAUCCGAUCAGGAUGCCACAGCGGCAAUUAGACCCAGAUCUGGCGUUAAUUUGACCUCGCAAACUGCUCACAAGUCUAGCCUGUCCUGCCUACCGAGCCGCCUUGCUAUACAGGAGCAGGCUAGCCAAGCAUCUUCAGGCUCAUGUAGUCCAAUUUCCUCCAGGCUUUCUUCCUCAUCUUCCUCUUACUCUUCGCCCCAAAUCGAUUCGGAGACGAAAACUCAAAAAUCCUGGCCCCAAUUACAGUCAAAUAAUCGUCUAACUUGUAAGGAAGAAACUCCUGAAUCCCUAGGUAGCGAAGUACAAAGAGAGGAGGAAGAGGAAGAUUGCGAAGAUCAAUUUCAUGAAGUCGUGUCUGAUUAUGUUCCCAUUUCACGCAAUUCCCAGGUACGGGAAGCUUUUCCAUCUUCUGACCUGAAUGAUAACUUUGAUUUUUCCUCCAAGCCUACUGAGUCCUGUCUGUGUCCUGCACAGCCGAAAGAGUUCAAACCCACUCUUCGGGAUUCUAACUCCUUCCAAGCCAGCCAAAGCAGCUUUACCAUGUCUAUUUCUGCUUCGUCCAAUCUUCCAGCAUCGAGCAGCAACUCUCAAGUUGACAAUCCCAAUUCACUUGAACACCCGGUUCCGUUACAGCAACAUUCUCUAGGGAAUACUAAAAACACUAGAUCAACACCUGAGUUUACCUCCGGGGCAACCAUGUAUGCAUCUUUACUUCCUGGACCAGCUCUUUUCUUCGCCCGUCUUCAUGGCCUUUCACCUUGGCGAUGCGUCGCUUGGCAGCAUACCGACGCUCCAACUAAAGAAGAGGUAUAG